CUUCACUACAUUGCUAGGCUACAUUAUAACCUCGAAUGGAUACAUCUGACGGGCAUAACAUGAGGGACAAAUAACGAUAUUUCUAUUGAAGGGAAUAUUGGCAGAUUAUGAAAUCAGACCAUUGCAUAUAAGAUAUGUAUUUUAUGGAAUUUCCAUUUGUUUGCAAUGAAGACAUCUCAGAUGGAGAAGAGAAAGGGACACAGGAAAUAAGCGGUAUAGUGUGCACGCUUGCAAGCAUCUCUUUAAUAACAUAAUAACGGCGAAAUGGUCGCAAAACAUUUGAGUUUUCAUUCCACUCAUCUUUCAAAUAUAUUUUCCGGACACCAUAAGCUACCAGGUUGCAAUACUGAGCAAUGGUAAUGGGUGAAACAGCGGGCGUUCAUAGCCACGGCCAUGGUCGAUAGUUAAAAGGCAGUGGGAAGGUAACAGAAACGGCUUUGCAUAAAUCCUACACCAGGACUUCGCGUACGCGCGGUAAAGAUGAGAGGCUUGCCCUUCUACCAAGAGGACGACGACAAUACAUCCACUGGGCAUGACCAAAACAUUGAUAUGGGACGUUGAAAUCCAUGCCUGAUUCUCUUUUAUCCUAUCUGCCUUUGGAGGGGGCGAGAUAGAGGAGACUUUCCACCUUGACUCAAUAUAAGGGAGAAGAGAAGAGAGCAUCCACGUCUGAGAAAUGGAUAAACUCACCGUCAUAUCAGGAUGUCUCUUUCUAGCAGCAGAUAUCUUUGCUAUAGCCAGUAUUGCCAAUCCAGACUGGAUCAACACAGGAGAUGCAGCUGGUAAGUUAGGUUCCCUGACGGUAGGCCUGGUGCGGCAGUGCCAGACCAUCCACGGUCGUGACCGGACCUGUAUCCCCCCGCGGCUGCCCCCAGAGUGGGUCACCACCCUCUUCUUCAUCAUCCUGGGCAUCAUCUCCCUCACGGUGACCUGCGGUCUGCUAGUGGCGUCACACUGGUACCGCGAAGCCACCCGUUACGCCCGCUGGAUCGCCUUCACUGGGAUGAUCCUGUUCUGUAUGGCGGCUCUUAUAUUUCCUAUAGGAUUUUACAUCGACGAGGUUGGGGGACAGCCUUACAAACUACCUAACAACACAGUGGUGGGGUCCUCAUAUGUACUCUUUGUUCUAUCUAUAUUUUUCACUAUAGUGGGACUAUUGUUUGCAGGGAAGGUCUGCUUGCCUGGGUGACAUAUCGGACACUUCGUUUUUUGUAAACAUUCUUGUACUUAUGUAGCACAUGAGGAUGUGUGAAACUUCCUCCUCAGCCUGAAGUGUCCCGCUUGCGUCGCCUCAUUAGCUAGCUUUUGAGGUGGUGCGAUCGGCUAAGACGCUUGAGGAGGGCGGCCACGUGUGUUUGUAAGGCAGAGGUCCUGAGUUUGCGCCAGGUAUGGGCCGAAUCGGGAGGAAGUGGUACUCGCUAAGCAAGUAGCAUGACAUCCUUUACAGUUAGAGAAAUGCCUUCAGAGACAUUUGAAAAUGGACGCCUGGAAGAGAAAAAUAGGAACUGAGAGAAACACUCUUUCUCUGUGUUUGUGGAACUCUCUGGAGCGCCUUUGGAUGACAGGACUCUACGGCCCCUAGCCCUGGUCCUAUAGGACAGGAAGUAGGCACUAGCCAGUCUGCGUUCAUAGAUAUGGGAGGAAUGGACACCUAUCCAACCCCCUCACAGAUCAGUGAACACAGAAGGUUCGUUCCACGAAUAGAGUGGCUUUUCGGGUAGUGUAACUUUUUAUUUCACCUCAUUUUAACAUUCUGUCAUAAAGAGCACAUGUUUAAUGUCAUAACAAACAUGUUUUCCCAUCUCCAUCUCCUUUUGAAAAAAAUAUUUAAAAAGGAAUAAUUUUACCGUAUUUAAACAGAGUUCAGUUCACGUAACGGGGUUGACCUUAAACCUGUGGGACAUUAAUCACUAAUCAAAUGAAAUAAAUAAUAAUCUUCAGAAAUCACUUUGUCAAAGCAAGAAAUUAAAUUAGGGCUUUACAAUAAUUGUGUAAACUUGGAGAAAUUUGGGGGUUAAGUGGGUUAAAAUCUUUAAGUCAGAGAAACAUGAUGUGGGACAUGCCAAAUUUGGGAUUUUCUGAGAAAACAACCAAUGUAUUUUAAUGUAAAACACACUACUAUUGUAUUUUUUUAUGUUUAGUUAGAGUGUAGAUGUACAGUGCCUUCAGAAAGUAUUCAUACCACUUGACU